AUGCCCGAUAACAUUCCCAUUGUUGACUUUGCUCAAGCAUCCAAAUUGCCGGAAAUCGUGGGCAAGGACCUUCUGCAAGCAUGUGCAGACUGGGGGUUUUUCUACAUCAAGAACCAUCCUAUCCCGCAGGCAGAUGUAGAGGGGAUCUUUGAGCUUGAAAAGCGCUUCUUCGCGCAGCCUCUCGAGGUCAAAAACACCGUGCCCUAUUUCCCGCCCAAGAAUGCUGGGUAUAAACCGAGGACCUUUGCCGGGAUAGACAACACGAAGUCGGACCCGCGCGAGGCAUUCAGCAUCAAUAAAUGGCCUACUGCGGCACAUACUCACGCCUCAGUCCUGCCUCCCGUUCUCCACGAGGCCAGACCGCAGAUCGAGGCGUUCCAAAAGAAAGUCCAGGCGUUGAACAGGAGACUGCUUGAGCUGAUUGCACACGCGCUGGGCCUACCCAGGGACCAGUUCACCGCAUGCCACUCGCCUGAUCAGGAGAACUUUGACAACUUUGACCUGAUGCAUUACCCGCCCAUAAGCAAGACGGAGGAAACUCCUGCAGACGGAACCGUGUAUCGCAUUUCCCCACAUACCGACUGGGGCUCGCUCACCUACUUGUUCCAGCAGGAUGUCGGCGGCCUGGAAGUUCGUCCGCCCAAGUACACGUCCCCGUCUCUGUCUCUCGGAGCAGAGGAAUGGAUUCCUGCCCCCGUACACAACACCAUGAUCCUUGUCAACAUCGGCGACAUGCUGGAGUUCUGGACGGCGGGAGCGUUGAAGUCGACCUGGCAUAGGGUUGUGCCGAAUACCCGGCUCCACGGCGAUACGGGUGGCAUCGACCGGUACGCAUUUGCGUAUUUUGUGCAUCCGAAUAGGGACACGGUGCUAAGGCCUAUUGAGGGGAUGAAGCGCGAGGGCUGGGUUCCCCGGUAUAGGGGUAUUGGCCGGACGGCGGCAGAGCAUAUUGCUGCUCGCAUUCGAGGCGAGGACCGGAUAGUGUCCAUGCAAAUCGACGCAGAUCGGACGGCUAGAACUGUGCCCAUGGAGGCUUAA